AUGGGGAAGGAGACAACAAAGGUCGGGCCUCAGACGGCCUCAACCGCAGAUAGCCCUGCACUCCCCCGGCGCACUUCUUCGAGGCUGGCACGUCCCUGUGUCUCUGACGCUAGGAAAAGCAACACUGCAGUUACGGGUGAAGAAUGUGGGUUGCAUAAUCCGAGUACUCUCAGAUCGCUUCGCGACAGCAGGUUGGCAGCGGUUGAAGUCGCUAUUCCCUUGAAAAAACAGUCGCCUACCCGCUCUACUUCAUCCUCCGACGUGGUUGAGGAUAUAUCUGGGGGUGGUAUAAAUGCGUACAGUACUCCAGCAAGUAGUGUGGCCGUUACUCCUGCCGAGAUGAACAUGACCAAACCAAGGAAAAGAGUUAGUGCUUCCGCUCGCGCUCGAGAACUACGUUCGAGUAUAAAGUCCCUCAACACGCAAAAGGGGCCCAAAAGAGAUUUUGCGGCUAUAACUUCAGACGACCCUACUUCUGAAAGCUCAGACACAGCCUUGACUCAGGCCCUUCAGCUUCGAGAAUAUCAAAAAUCCUCCCCGAAGCGACGCAAGACUCGAGGUGGCGUUAGGUUUGCAUUAGAGGACUCUACUGACAACGAUAGUGUUUUGACGAGAUCAAGUUACAAUAAAGAGAAUGGCACUGUGGAUAUCGGAAAGCUGCGCCCUGCACGCAAGACGAGGAACUCCGUUCAGAGUGUGGUAUCAGAUAGUGAAAGUAGCAUCAUCAUGGAAGAUGAGUCUGGGGAUGAACAAGAAUAUUUCUCUGAAAGUGACUCUAUGUCAAGCAUGGAUGUUGAUUCUGUCAGUCAGAGAAUCGGGGACUCGGCUGGUUCGAGAGCUAGCGCUCGAACGCGGGCACGGGCUUCGAUGGUUUCCUUGCCCACUGAACCGGUAGUUAGACGGCCAGGGAUGUCCUAUCGCGCAUUGAGAGAGCGAAAAAAACUCGAGAGGCAACAUCCAUAUAUCAUGAAAAUGUGGGAUGAACUACGAAACAGUCCUCCUAUUAUCCCAGUCACAGCAGAACAACCCCCUGGCAUAUCGAGAAAUCUCAAGUCAUUCCAGCUAGAAGGUCUGAAUUGGAUGAUGCGGCAAGAGAGGUCCCAGUAUAAGGGUGGUUUAUUAGGCGAUGAGAUGGGCAUGGGAAAAACAAUCCAGGCGGUUUCCCUUCUUAUGUCUGAUUAUCCUGUUGGGCAGCCAUCUCUCGUCGUCGUUCCCCCUGUUGCUCUAAUGCAAUGGCAAUCUGAGAUUAAGGAGUACACAAACGGUCAAUUAAAGGUUCUCGUAUAUCACAAUUCAAAUUCCAAAGUCAAGUCGCUCUCAGAAAAGGAUCUUCUAGCAUACGACGUGAUUAUGAUCUCCUAUUCUGGCCUUGAGUCAAUACACCGAAAAGAAUGGAAGGGGUGGAAUCGCAGCGAUGGGAUUGUGAAGGAAGACAGUAUUAUCCACUCCAUUCACUAUCAUCGUCUUAUUCUAGAUGAAGCUCAUAGUAUCAAGCAACGCACUACGAGUGUCGCUCGUGCGUGUUUUGCACUCAAAGCCAAAUAUAAGUGGUGUCUUUCUGGUACCCCUGUUCAAAACCGAAUCGGGGAGUUCUUUUCUCUCCUGCGCUUCUUAGAAAUUCGCCCCUUUGCUUGUUAUUUUUGCAAACAGUGCAAGUGUCAGGAACUCCAUUGGUCACAAGAUGCGGGGAAACGUUGUACCCAUUGUAAACAUAGUGGAUUUAGUCAUGUCUCAAUCUUUAACCAGGAAAUUCUAAACCCUAUCACAGAGAGAAAUAAUCCGGAAGCUCGAAAGGAAGCAUUGUCUAAGCUACGUUUAAUUACUGAGAGAAUAAUGCUAAGACGCAUUAAGCGAGAUCAUACGGCUUCGAUGGAGCUUCCACCGAAGCGUGUUGUUCUACACAAUGAAUUUUUCGGAGAGAUCGAACGCGAUUUUUCCAGAAGCAUCAUGACUAACUCAACGCGACAGUUUGAUACAUAUGUGAGCCGUGGUGUAAUGCUGAAUAACUAUGCCAAUAUCUUUGGACUUAUUAUGCAGAUGCGGCAAGUUGCGAACCACCCAGACCUGAUAUUGAAAAAGCACGCCGAGAGUGGCCAGAACAUCCUCGUCUGCAGUAUUUGCGAUGAACCAGCGGAGGAGGCAAUUCGCUCUCGCUGCCGCCAUGAAUUCUGUCGCCGAUGUGCCAAGGACUAUGUGCAAUCGUUUGAUGCGGGCUCAGUUGUCGAUUGCCCUAGGUGUCAUAUUCCACUCUCCGUUGAUUUCGAGCAGCCGGAUAUAGAACAGGAAGAAGAGCAUAUCAAGAAAAACUCCAUAAUAAAUCGAAUUCGAAUGGAAAAUUGGACAUCGUCAACGAAGAUCGAAAUGCUCGUCUAUGAGCUUUUCAAACUGAGAAGCAAGAAGCAAACGCACAAAUCCAUCGUCUUCUCCCAGUUUACUUCAAUGCUGCAGCUUGUUGAAUGGCGCCUACGACGGGCUGGAUUUAACACCGUCAUGCUUGAUGGAACUAUGACGCCUGCACAGCGGCAGAAGUCAAUUGAUUUUUUCAUGAACAAUGUAGAUGUCGAGGUAUUUCUUGUGUCCCUCAAAGCAGGGGGCGUGGCCUUGAACCUCACCGAGGCAUCAAGAGUUUUCAUUGUUGACCCAUGGUGGAACCCAGCCGCUGAGUGGCAAAGCGCUGACAGAUGCCACCGGAUUGGUCAACGUCGGCCUUGUGUUAUUACGCGGCUGUGCAUUGAGGAUUCGGUUGAAUCUCGGAUUGUGUUACUACAGGAAAAGAAGGCCAAUUUGAUUAAUGGAACCAUUAACAAAGAUCAAGGGGAGGCCUUGGAGAAGCUCACCCCAGAGGAUAUGCAGUUCUUAUUUCGGGGCUCCUAA